UAUGUGUCUUUUCAGUACCAGUUUAACACUAGGGUUGCAAAGCAUUUCAAAAAUGUAUCGACAGCGUUUAGGAUUUUUGCGUAUAAUAACAGUGUCCGGAAAAUCAGAAAAUGUUCGAAAUUUGAAAAUAAAAAAGUUGGAAAAGGAACAUCCCAACAAAAUGGCGGAUAUUAAACGGAAACAUGGCGGAAAGCUUAAACAUCUGAUUGAAGAAGUUCUUGAGGAGCCUCUCGUCGAGUUUGGAGCUCUCCCCCUGGAGUCUGAGUGGUUGGUUACAGAGAGGAGCGGAGGGAGCCAUCAUUAUGAUGAGUUCAUGAAGCAUAUUAUUGAGGAGCCUUAUACAGAGUUUGGAGCUACUGGAGCACCAAGUCCAGGGAGCCAUACCCUAACUGAGAUACAUCGUAAACAUCAUGAAGCAGAGCACAUGUUAGAAGAGAUCAUUCAGGAGCCUUUUAUUGAGUUUGGAGCUCCUCCACAGGCCUACGGAGGUCGGGGUGUUCUGGAGGAGGACUAUCCAGGAAGUUGGGAUCUGCUAAAUCCUCCAAAAGUUGACGAACCGGAAGUAUUUACAAAACAGCCGAUUGAUGACGUCAUCCAUACACCGGUUGUAGAAGAAAAGAUCCCUGAAUUUCUACCACCAUGGUUGGAGAAAAAUCCCUCCGAUCCAGUGGAGGGAUUCCUGAAGGAGGAGGAGAGGAUGAUGAAGGGAGGAAUGAUGGUGGAGGAGGACGUAAACUCAAUCACAUACUUCAUCAACAUCAACCAGUUCAACACUAAGGACAUCUUGGUUUUCCGCGUUGGCGACGAGGUUUGGAUCGAAAGAAACAAAGACGACCCCUACACGACCCCCACGGACCUCCACGCCUGUAAAGAAGAGGUGAGGCCGGAGAAUCUGAGGAAGGAGGUUUCUGAGAGGGUAGAGGACGGGAUGAGUAAAGAGUUGCUUGAAAGGUUUAUAUUCCCUGUUAUUCCGGAUGAGGAUAGAUGGGAUGAGGGGAUCUGGAAGAAUGAGGAUGAUGUUCAUCACAAUGAGGUUUGGGAGGAUACCCUGAGGUUCCAUCUACCCCCUGGAGCUGUGGUUAGUAGUCUAGAGACUAGAGUACAAGAUAAUAUGCUUAGGAUUAAGCUACAGAAAACUAGACCUGGAGAACCAACUAAUAGUAAAUCUGUAAUUCCAAAGAGGUUUUUAAUGUAAAUUGUAAUUUAAAUUUUAAAUUAAUUUUUAUUGCGUUUGGAAAAAUCUGCUGGGUAAAAUAAAGAAAUGUUUUUAAAGAUAUGA